CUGUACGUGGGGCGGGGCUCAGGUGCGGACGCCGCCGGUUGUCCUCUUCGCUGCUCCGUAGUGACGGGGAUUGUUGUGCUGCAGAAAUCCGGCUGUCGACUUGAGGACUUGCGUGCCGCUCAGCUCUCGGGACAGUUGGAGCUGCUGCUAAGUAAUUUCUGCUCAGCCAUGUCGCCGGCUCCAGAUGCAGCCCAGGCUCCUGCGUCGAUCUCCCUGUUUGACCUCAGUGCGGAUGCUCCGGUCCUUCAGGGCCUGAGCCUGGUGAGCCACGCGCCUGGGGAGGCUCUGGCCCGGGCUCCACGUACUUCCUGUUCAGGCUCAGGGGAGAGAGAAAGCCCAGAAAGAAAGCUACUCCAGGGUCCUGUGGAUAUUUCAGACAAGUUAUUCUGUUCAUCCUGUGACCAAACCUUCCAGAACCACCAAGAACAGAGGGAACAUUAUAAGCUUGACUGGCAUCGGUUUAACCUAAAGCAACGUCUCAAGGACAAGCCUCUCCUGUCUGCCCUGGACUUUGAAAAGCAGAGCUCCACAGGAGAUCUUUCCAGCAUCUCGGGAUCAGAAGACUCAGACUCAGCCAGUGAGGAGGACUUGCAGACACUGGAUCAGGAGAGGGCUAUAUUUGAGAAGUUUAGCCAACCCCAAGGCUUUUUCCCUCAUCGGGUUCUUUUCCAGAAUGCCCAGGGCCAGUUUCUUUAUGCCUACCGCUGUGUCCUAGGCCCUCAUCAGGAUCCCCCAGGAGAGGCAGAACUGCUGCUACAGAACCUGCAAAGUAGAGGUCCCAGAGACUGCGUGGUGCUCAUGGCUGCAGCUGGGCACUUUGCUGGUGCCAUAUUUCAAGGAAGAGAAGUGGUGACACACAAAACCUUUCACCGCUAUACGGUGCGGGCCAAGCGGGGCACAGCCCAGGGGCUUCAGGAUGCCCGGGGUGGGCCAUCACGCUCUGCUGGAGCCAACCUGAGGCGCUACAAUGAAGCCACACUAUAUAAGGAUGUUCGUGACCUGCUGGCAGGGCCAGGCUGGGCUAAGGCGCUGGAGGAGGCUGGUACAAUACUGUUGCGUGCUCCCCGCUCUGGCCGGUCUUUGUUCUUUGGAGGCAAGGGGGCACCCCUGCAAAGGGGGGAUCCCCGACUUUGGGAUAUCCCCCUCGCCACCCGCAGACCCACCUUCCAAGAGCUACAGCGUGUGCUCCAUAAGCUGACCACUUUGCAUGUCUAUGAAGACGACCCUCGGGAAGCAGUCAGACUGCACUUACCUCAGACACACUGGAAAACAGUAAGAGAGGAGAGAAAGAAGCCCACUGAGGAAGAAAUAAGAAAGAUCUGCAGUGAUGAGAAGGAAGCACUUGAGCAGAAUGAGGAAUCUCCCAAACAGGGUUCAGGGUCGGAGGGAGAAGAUGGCUUUCAGGUAGAGUUGGAGUUAGUGGAGUUGACUGUGGGGACUCUGGAUCUUCGUGAGUCUGAAGUAUUGCCCAAGCGGAGAAGGAGAAAAAGGAAUAAGAAGGAGAAAAGCCGAGACCAGGAGGCUGGGGCACAUCAGGUUCUUCUCCAGCAACCUCAAGAAGAUGAGCCUUCCACACAGUCAUCCCAGGCAGUUGCAGCCCCCUUGGGUCCUUUGCUGGAUGAGGCCAAAGCCCCUGGUCAGCGAGAGCUCUGGGAUGCACUGCUUGCUGCUUGCCGAGCUGGAGAUUUUGGAGUGCUGAAGCUCCAGCUAACACCCAGCCCUGCAGACGCUGGAAUUCUGUCUCUGCUCAGUGCCCCCUUGGGCUCCGGUGGCUUUACUCUCCUGCAUGCAGCAGCUGCAGCUGGCAGAGGCUCAGUGGUUCGUCUGCUGCUGGAAGCAGGUGCCGACCCCACUGUGCAGGACUCUCGGGCCCGGCCACCUUAUACUGUUGCGGCUGACAAAUCAACACGUAAUGAGUUCCGAAGGUUCAUGGAGAAGAAUCCAGAUGCCUAUGAUUACAACAAGGCUCAGGUCAGCUGGAAUAGGAAGGACAAGCAGAAUGGUGCCAGGACCAUUGACACCAGAAAUGGAGGCACGGCAGGCUACACGGAAAAGGGAGCAGAAGGCAGCCCGGCGGCAACGGGAGGAACAGCAGCGGAGGCAGCAGGAGCAGGAGGAGCAUGAACGAGAAGAGCAGCGGCGAUUUGCCGCCCUCAGUGACCAAGAGAAGAGAGCUCUGGCUGCAGAUCGCCAACUCGCUGCCCAGUUGGGAGCCCCUACCUCUCCAAUCCCUGACUCUGCAAUCGUCAAUACUCGGUAUGGGGCGGGGGAUGCGGGAGUGGGUGUACUGUAAUGUUGCAGGGACCAUUGGGGGUGAAAUGAGUGCCUGCACAGUAUUCAGAAGGGUUAUUGAGGAGAUUUGAGAUGUUCUGGCAGAUGCUGCAGUGAAAACAGAAAUGACAGGAGGAGGGAUGGGGAGAGCGUGGAUUGGAAAGUUUCUGGGGUACCUGUCCAGCCAUUUUUCUUCCUCUUGUUCAGACGCUGCUGGAGUUGUGGGGCAUCCCUCCAAGGCCUCACUCCCUUUCACUACCUCGACUUCUCUUUCUGCUCCACACGUUGCCUCCAGGAUCAUCGCCGUCAGGCAGGGAGGCCCUCUUCCUGAUCUCUUACAGCUCUACCUGGGGCCAACUCAGGGACCUGAGAGCACAUUCACAACAGCCCUAGGUUUUCUCAUCCCCAUGAAACCAGAGGUUAUUUGGAAGAUAGGGGUGAAGGACACUCGGGAACCAGGGCAAAGACAGGGCUACAGAGGCAUGUGGAGCUGGUACUGUCUCUGGAACUUUAAUCACAAUAAAGUUUGGCAAGGAAUGUGUGCUUGUACUUA